UGUCCACCAGAGUUGGGUAUCACACACGUCAUUCCAGCACAGCUGAAGAAGAAGAUGGAGGUCCCGACUCACUGUGCUGCUGCGUUCUUCCUCCUGCUCCUUUCUCAGGCCGUGAUCACGGUUAGAUCACAGGAGGAAGAGGAGGCCGUCCAGCAGGAGGAGGAGCUGCAGGAGGAGCAGCAGCAGGUGAUGGAGACGUGGACGCGGAACGUCAAGGCCUGCACCUGUGACUGCGAGUCCGUUGAUUCGCCCACGCGCACCCCCGCUGCCAUCUCGCCCGUGCCGUCGAUGACCUCACUGCCACCACCUCAGGGUCACCAGCUGAACUGCAUGCCAGAAUGCCCGUACCACACACCCCUGGGUUUCGAAUCGGGAUCCGUGUCCUCCGACCAGAUCAGCUGCUCCAGCCAGGACCAGUUCACCGGCUGGUACUCCUCCUGGACCCCCAGCAAGGCUCGCCUAAACAACCAAGGAUUUGGGUGUGCCUGGCUGUCCAAGUUCAACGACCAGCACCAGUGGAUCCAGAUCGACCUGAAGGAGGUCGGGGUGGUGUCAGGGAUCCUCAGCCAGGGCCGCUGCGACGCAGACGAGUGGAUCACCAAAUACAGCAUCCAGUACCGGACCGUGGAGACGCUCAACUGGAUCUACUACAAAGACCAAACAGGAAACAACAGGGUCUUCUACGGGAACUCUGACCGCUCCUCCACCGUGCAGAACCUGCUGCGGCCCCCCAUCGUAGCGCGUUACAUCCGCCUGCUGCCUCUGGGCUGGCACACCCGCAUCGCCGUCAGGAUGGAGCUGCUGAUGUGUAUGAGCAAGUGCAUCUGAAGACGAAGGGGCCCGCUCUUUCGUCCCACAUUCACUCGUUUCCUGCCAACAAGCCAAAAAAAGGAUAAAAAAAAAGGGCCCAAAAAAAGA